UUCAGUAAGGAACUCGAACGUUGUAGGCGCUUUAAAAAGUUUAUAUUAUAAAUGAGAGUCGGUUCCUUUUUCCGGCGAUUACGGUGAUUACCGGAGGUCUGAGAAGCUGCUUCGAGGUGUGAAACGAGUGACUGGAGCAGUUUUGUGCGCGCUGGGGGGGUUAUGGUCGCAGGACGACUCGAGUAACGGCACAGUGAAUCAGCAUCAGUGCACACAUCCAGUGAGGGCGCCAUGUGGUGGUUCCAGCAGGGCAUGUGCUUCCUCCCUGCCGCUCUGGUCGUCUGGACGGCGGCGUCCUUCAUCUUCCCUUACAUCACGGCGGUGGUGCUGAGACAUGUGGAUCCUUUUGUGCCGUACAUCAGUGACACAGGAACGAUGGCACCAGAGAGGUGUGUGUUUGGCAUCAUGAUGGACGUGUCAGCCUUUUUAGGUAUGGCCACGAUGUACGUGCGUUACAAACAGGUGGAGGCUCUGUUGGAUGUGGACGAUCUCAAACUCCUCAGAUUGAACUGCAUCGGGCUCUGGGUGGGCUGGACCAGCUCCUUCGGGAUGUGCGUGGUGGCUAACUUCCAGAAGACCACCCUUUUCUACAUGCACCUCGUGGGGGCGAUUCUCACCUUUGGGUUCGGGGCUCUUUACAUCCUGCUUCAGUCGGUGCUCUCCUACUGCAUGCAGCCCCACAUCCACAGCAGGACCAUCUACCUGCUGCGCCUCUGCAUCGGAUUCUGGACCCUGGGCAGCAUUAUCAGCAUGUUUAUAUCUUCAGUCAUCAUGUACACCAGUCUGAUAGGUGUCGACGUACCUCGCAAACUUCACUGGACUCCUGGAGAGACGGGUUACACAGCUCACAUUAUCAGCACAAUCUCUGAAUGGUUUCUGGCCUUCUCCUUCAUCAGCUUCUUCCUCACCUACAUCAGAGAUUUUCAGAAAAUAAAUCUGCGAGCAGAGGUUGAUUUGCAGAGCAGUCACCUGUACGACUGGACUCACGGGCACAACCCUGCAUCACAUCACAACAGUCGUGCACCCUCUGAAGUGUCUCCACUGCUGGCGGGAACAACAUGAUGAGCAACAGGGCUUCCUGCACCAAUUUCUUUCUUUUUUCCCCUUUAUAUUUUAAUUUAUAUUUAAAGGCAUUUUAUAAAAGGUUUCUGACAGCUGUAGUGGUUCAUAAAGAGUCAGUGCGCACAUACAGUGUCUCCUCCUAACAUGUAGUCAGACAUUAACGUUCGGCUGUUAUAUGCCAAUAUUUCUUUCUCUACCUCUAUAAUGUGGAAGUGAAUUUAUUUGAGUCUUAAUAAUCCACAGCAGGCAGAUGUCAUAGUAAAUAUAUCACCGAGUCCUGGCAGCAUUUAUGGUCCCUCCACACUUUUUUUCUGUAGCAAGAUGAGCAGGAAACCAGAGAGAUUAAACGAGUGUUAAUGUGGUUUUAUUUUUUACCAUUUUUAAAAGUCUUUUUUUUUCUUUUUUUUUGUUUUUUUUUUUUUUUUUUUAUAUAAUAUGUGCGGUAUCUGUAGAAGUUCAGAUCAGUACAUUCAGUAAGCUUGCAUGAAAGCUGCCUCAAGCUGGUUGUGUUGACACCAAUUCAGUUAGUUAGGGUUGCCAUUUGUAUUGUUCCAGCUUUUCACUCCUUAAAACAAUUAAUUUAAUCUGAAUUUGGUGAAUAACCUUCUUUGAAAUCAAUAAUUACAAAUCCAAAGACACAUGUUUGACUGGUGGUCCUACUCGCAAAGAGAUUAUCUUUGUGAACAACAAGGUUACUAAUACAGAUAUAAAGGACAUAUCUUUAGUUUUAGUCUUUGUUAGUUUGGUCGGAUUUGUCAACAAGAUGUCUGAUGAGGUUUUGGUGCUUUUGUUACUGAGACCUGGAUGUCUACAUGACUGAGACUCACCUGCCUUUACAGUCUUUUGUUUUUAUCUAGUCUGAUUUUCUUAAAUCUGUCUGGUGACUAAAACUUACACAUUGAAAUUGAUAAAAAAAAAAUUAAACUGACAUGAGAAAACCUGCUCUGGAAGCUAACCAAAGAAACAAACUUAAAGUAAAAAUUAAAAUUAACUAAAAAACAAAAAAUUACUCUUGCAAACCACACAUUUGAAAACCAUCAGACAAACAGAAAAAACACUGAGAAUCAUGCAGAUUGUGAGGCUUUCUUGAGAGAAUCUUCCAAAUAUGUGGGAAAACCAGAGUGCUGGCAGGUAUCCCAUCACCUUCCUUGUAUAGGGUUUGGUGGAGAAAGAAAUGAAAUCAAACUAAAUAAAAACCUGUCUGACUGAAGAGAGAAAACUAAGAGGAGAGAUUUGUUUUGUUUUUUUUAUUAUAUGACCGAUCAAUAUGAAGCUUUUGCACUUUUCUGUCAAACUAUGUAACCGCUUUGCACUUUUUAUCAUUGCUCUUUCAAAAAAAAAAAAAGAUAUUCAUGUUCAUUUAUGAAUCAUUGCUGCUGUUCCUUCAGCAGUCUCUGGAGUCAUCAGAUGGAAAACUACUGUUUAAAUCUAAGUCAGUCUGUUUGUAUUUGAGUUGAGCUGCCGCCUUGUUCAGUUCAGCAAACAUUAACUGAAAUAAGAUUACUUUUCUCCUGGGUGGGGUUUCAUUCAGUCGUGUUUGGCUGGUGUCAAUAAAAAAAUAACAAUGCGGUUAUGUUAUCAGAAGCUAACCUGUAGUGUGCCACUGAAAUGAUUUUGAUCACUGAAAGUGUAAAAACAUUCCUAAAGAAAGAUUUUUAUAACUUGGUUUCUAAAUAGUAAAAUUUUAAAAUAAUUUUAUCCUUUACAUUCUUAAUUCAUUGUAUCUGUUUUGGCAUAUGUUGUUUCCUGGUUACUUUAAAGGUGCGCUGUUCAGGUCUUGUUGAGGGAAAAAAGGUUUACUGUCGGUGUGACACUCUGAAGCACUGAAUUUAUUAUUUUACUAUCUUUAAAAAAUAUAUUUUUGUGUCUCCUGGCACACUACAGAUGGCACUUCCUUGCUGUCAGUUAACAUGUGAUAUGUUCUCAUAUCAUAUCAUAUCUACAAAUAUAUAAUCAAACAAAUAUAUAAUCUGAGAAUGAGCUUCUAACUUUAAACCCUUGUUUCCCCUCUGUACUGUGGCAUCUGAUGUGCAUUUUUAUACAAAAACUAAUAAAGGUGCACUUGUGUUUCAGUAUUUUACAUAAACUUCAGUUCUGUCUAUACAAAUAUUUUGAUAUAAAUAAAUAUGUAAAUAUA